UUUAGGAAUACAAUGGCUUCCUUCUACUUAGCUUCUUUCUGCAUAAUGGUACUGAGUUUUUCAAUAACAUCUGCUAGUGGAAAUAGUGUUCGCAACAAAACAUGCAUUGAUGAUGCAACCAUCGUAUUAAGUUUUGGUUUGUACCAAAACAGCUGCCCAGAAGCUGAAGCUAUCAUAUAUUCAUGGGUGGAAAGAGCAGUGUCUCAAGACCCCAGAAUGGCUGCUUCUUUGCUUCGUCUUCAUUUCCACGACUGCUUCGUUAAUGGAUGUGAUGCAUCAUUACUGCUGGACGAUACCCCUAAUUUUACUGGAGAGAAAACAGCUGCCCCAAACUUGAACUCAUUGAGGGGUUUUGAAGUGAUUGAUUCCAUCAAAGCUGAUUUAGAAUUGGCUUGUCCCCAGACUGUAUCUUGUGCUGAUAUUCUUGCUAUUGCUGCUAGAGAUUCUGUUGUUAUGUCAGGUGGUUGGGGGUGGCAAGUGCAAAUGGGGAGAAAGGAUAGCUUAACAGCUAGCAGAAAAGCAGCAAAUAACAACAUUCCUGGACCAAACUCUAAUGUUGCCACCCUUGUUUCCAACUUUCAAAACAUUGGUCUUUCUCUUCAAGAUAUGGUCACUCUCUCUGGUGCACAUACAAUUGGAAGGGCUAGAUGUUCAACAUUUAGUUCCAGGCUAAAUGGGGGUAGCAAUUCAGACAUGAACUUGGAUUUCUUGCAGUCACUGCAGCAACUGUGCUCAGUUUCUGAUACAAACACAACACUAGCAAAUCUUGAUGACAUGACACCAUCAACGUUCGACAAUCAGUACUACGUUAACCUUCUCUCAGGAAAAGGGUUGCUUGUUUCAGACCAGGUCUUAGCAACUGGGGAUGGCAAUACUAGAGAAAUAGUGCAAACUUAUGUGGAUGUUCCAUCUGCUUUUUUUGAGGAUUUCAAAAACUCCAUGCUCAAAAUGGGAAGCUUGGCACCACCAACUGGAACAACUGGUGAAAUCCGUGUUAACUGUAGGAUUGUUAAUCAAUUUAAUUCUUAAGACUCCAUGAAAAUCAU